CUGACUGGGUUGUCAACUCGUGCGCAUUUCAUGGUUCCGUCAAAGACAAUACAAAUCGGACCGAAAGAAAAUCAGAAAACGCCUGCUUGGGCUACCAGCCUCUGGAGGGAAGGAAACCGUUGGUUUGGAAAUGCUCAAAAGAAUCCCGCAGAACAAGGGAAGUUGGCUGAAGCUGACGAAGAACCCGAACCGAUUCAUUCUCAGUUGGAAAGGAUAGAGAUGCAACGUACAAUCUACACGAAAAUCACAAACAAUCACGUUCCUGUUCCACGACCAAUACAUUCGAAGUCGGUUGAGGAGAACAAUGAGGUGAUGAAGACGGAUAUGGGAGACGGAUCGACAUGUGAGCACACCAAGACAGAUUCUGACAAAAAAAGACCCUCAGGGCGAACUGAGGGAACCACGAAAGCAAGCCCUCUUGAUCAGGAAAGAAACGUGAUCACCAAUCAAUCAGUCACUGAAUCUGGUGCUCCGAGUGACAAUGAGUUGUAG